AAUGUUAUUAUUAUGAUCUAGACAGUGCAAAGUAUAAUUGCUCGACAAAAUAUCGACAUUUGUGCUAGGCAUGCGUAUGGUGCGUUGUUGAAUGUGCAAUUUAUCUGGACGUUACAUUCAUAAAAUGGUGAGGGUAGUAUUUUCCGUGAUCGCAAUCUUUGCCUUCACUUAUUGUGAUGGUCAAGUACGUUACGAUCCGACAUGGGAAAGCUUAGAUAAGAGACCUCUUCCUCAGUGGUUUGACGAGGCGAAAUUCGGUAUCUUCUUACAUUGGGGCGUCUACUCCGUGCCCAGCUUUGGCUCUGAAUGGUUUUGGAGUAAUUGGAAGAGUGGAAAUAAAGACAUUGUUUCGUUUAUGAAAAAGAAUUACCCGCCGAAUUUCACCUACCAAGAUUUCGCGAAGGAUUUUUCCGCGCAGCUCUUUGAUCCGAACGCGUGGGCGAAACUGUUUGUUCGGGCAGGUGCCAAGUACGUCGUACUGACAAGCAAGCAUCAUGAAGGGUACACGCUUUGGCCGUCUAAGUAUUCAUUCAGCUGGAAUGUUCGAGAUGUGGGUCCCAAUCGAAAUUUACUAGGUGAACUGGCGGCCGCUGUUAGGACCACCAACGUCAGAUUUGGCGUGUAUCACUCUCUGUACGAGUGGUAUAAUCCCCUUUACUUGUCUGAUAAAGGGUCGAACUUCACCAAGAACAAUUUUGUUUCACAAAAGGUUAUACCAGAAAUGAUGGAGUUGGUGCAAGACUACACGCCCGACGUCAUUUGGUCGGAUGGCGACUGGGAAGCGAAUGACACCUACUGGAAGUCGACUGAGUUUUUGGCGUGGUUGUACAACGAAAGUCCCGUGAAGGAUACGGUAGUUGUUAACGACCGGUGGGGGAAGGGGAUACCAUGUCGCCAUGGGGAUUUCUACAACUGCAAGGAUAGAUACGAUCCCGGUGUACUGCAGAAGCACAAGUGGGAGAACGCAAUGACAGUCGAUAAGGGCUCUUGGGGUUACCGGCGGAACGUUAACUACGACAGCUUCUACACGGUAAAGGAACUCAUUCAAGUCUUGGCUGAAACCGUCAGUUGCGGAGGUAAUCUGCUGGUGAACGUUGGCCCAACAAGCGACGGACGGAUCGAUCCAAUUUUCGAAGACAGACUUAUCAACUUGGGACGCUGGCUCUCCAUCAAUGGCCGCGCCAUUUACGCCACCAAACCGUGGCAGUACCAAAAGGACUCACUCGCGCCCGUUUGGUACACUUCGUCCAAGUCUGUGAUUUACGCCAUCGUACUGGACUGGCCGCCAAGCAAUACUCUCUCCUUGGCCUCCUCCAUCAGCGCCUUCAAGAUCAACGCGACCAAAGUUAGCCUACUCGGAAAUCCGGAAAAUCUGCAUUGGGAGUUCGUGAAUAACACAGUUAGCAUCAAAUUUCCAGAUAAGGCUACUGUUAAAUGUGAUUGGUCGUGGACGUUGCAGAUACAAAAUGAUUCAACUAAUGAAGUUAAUGAUAAUUAUUAUUAAUCCCUUUUCGUAUGUUUCUAUGCAAAUUUUUAUACUUAAUACACUAUUUUACACUU